AUGGUAUCUGGGUUAAUAAAUGCAAAUCCAGUCGUCUACGAAAAGAAAGAGCGUCGGGUUCGUAGUGUCCCAAGUGCUGCUGCAGAUGAAUAUGCUGUUGAACCCAUUGACCAACAAGAAUUUUUGAUAUCCUUUCUAGAUAUAAAAGACCCGGAACACCCUUACUCUUUGGAAGAGCUCAAAGUAAUUACAGAAGAUGCAAUUGACGUAGAUGAUAGUCGUGGCUCUGUCAGAGUCACAUUUACUCCUACUGUGGAACAUUGUAGUAUGGCAACAGUUAUUGGUCUUUGCUUACGUGUUAAACUCUUGAGGAGCCUGCCUUCUCGUUACAAGGUGGAUAUUAGGGUGGCACCCGGAUCUCAUGCAACUGAAGCUGCUGUUAAUAAGCAACUGAAUGAUAAAGAACGGGUGGCAGCGGCAUUGGAAAACCCAGGCCUUGUGGAUAUGGUUGAUGAAUGCCUUUCUCCUUCAUAUGAGUGA